AUGGUCGUUGCUACUGCCAUAUCAGAGCUCGUAGACAAGCCAGAAAAUCGGCUCAAUUUCGGUAUCGCUGAAACCGAAUCCAACGAGGCAGAUUGGUUUCGGCAGCUUUCUCGACUGGACGAUCCAAUUGGUAAUGUUGGAGACUUUGAGCAAGCGGUGCUUGACCAAGCGACUCCAAGCGUGAAAGCUUCACGCGCCCAAUUGCAGGCGAAGCAAAAGGCGGGAGGUUUCCCAAGGCAAGUGAGGAAGGAACAAAUAGCAGCAGGCCCAAAGAUUAUCGAAAUCGCGGAUUCUUCGGACGAAGACGAAGAUCUUGUGCCUUACGCAAAACCAGACUCUGAUCCAGAGGACGACUCUGAAGACCCAACUCAGGUCACCAGAGAUAGAUCAACAGCACCCGUCUACAUUCGUGACCUACUAGCGGGUCUUCGAGAAAGCGAGAACCUCGAUCGUCACCAGCUUGCGCUCUCAAGCGCAGCCAGUCUAAUUCGACGAAAGUCAAACUUCGGCAAAGAGGUCAAGGACAAUCUUGAAGAGCUCGCUUCUGUCCUGGUGGGCUUGACUGAUCAGUUCGAGCUGGAAAACUUCGAGGAGAUGCGUCAACAGGCUUUGGUUGCGGUUGCGAUUGCUGAGCCGAGGCAAAUGGGGCCAUACUUGGUGAGAUGCUUCUACGCUGGUGACUAUUCUAUCAGCCAACGUGUCUGCAUGCUCGGCGCCAUCGGCCUCGGUGCACGGGAAAUGGCCGGAUUCAAGGAGGAUGGCGACGAGUCCAGCGCGGGGCGGCGCCAGGACUCAAGCUUCCCCACGAGAAUGCUUCCUGCAAAGUUACACAGUAUCUAUUCGACGGAAGCCAAUCCGGUGGAUGCCAUUACGAACAAGCUGAAGCACACCUUGAUAUCUCCUCUGGCGCUCGAUGCGGCUGACAAAGUUACUGGGCCAAACGCACUCAAAGUCCGCACAUUCUCGUCACGCAUGGAGGUGGAGAAGAAACGUAAGAUUAUCACCAACGACCUCGCAAAGGUCGUGGCCCAGAGCUUCUUCUUCCCACUUACCGCUGGGUGGUGGGCACACUCGAGAGCGCUGGGCACGAGCAAUAUAUAUUACUCUCCUAUGAUACUUCCUGUCUUUCUCAAGACACUCGCCAUACUCCUGCACUCUUCUGGCUCGUCCACGCUUUCUCUUCCGCAAAUGACUUCUGAGCUCUGGGAUCUCCUUCUUGCAGUCCGGGCACCUGCACUUAGCGACUCGGCCAUCCUUGAAGGUGUUGUUUUUGCGAUGUUGAUGUUGCUGGAGGUGAAUGAAAACCAGCAGCGUCUCGUGCACGACCACGGUAGAGAGCUUCUUGAAACACAGGAGUGGGUGAAGAUGGUAUUUGACCGCACCGGCGGAGGAAGUGAUGAGGAAGAACGGGUCAGGACGCUCGCGGCGGGAGUACUUGUGAAAUGCGGCGAGGUGGUCGAGAAAUACCAAGGGUCGUUGAUGGGCGAGAUGAUGGAUUUCUAA